AGCAUCCCCCGUCGUCCAAUCGGAUUGCGCGCUGCUGAGUCACGUGGUUUUUAUUUAUGUAAUGUAAUGGUUGUUACACAGCUUUUUGUGGCUGGAGCUGUGGAUACGUCGCGACAAGACAAGGGGUUAAAAGCGGACACGGACUUACUACUAAAAAAAAAAACAAAGAAUAUUAUUAAAUGGAGAAAUAUUCUGGCGUGGUUCGUGUUGCGUUUGGAGGAAAGGCGAGGAAAGCGGUGCGUUAAAGCUGGAGUUGUAUUAUUCAACCUGCUUUUAAAGGAGAAAGGCGUUAUGUGUCCAACACCAAAGACUAAGUUAGGGUUGGAAAUGGACAGUGCCAAUGAAUACAUUUUUAUCUGCAAAGGGAACUUGGAAUUUGGAAUUCGGAAUUUGGAAUUUGGAAACAUAUUGUAGCUCAUUAUUAGCAGUAGCCUAGUUACAGAUCAGGUUCCAGCAGAUGUGCUCAAAUAAGGGAAGCUGUCAGUGUGUUAUCUAAAUGCUCCAUGCAAUACUCUCACACAGACAAGCAGCCUCUCCGUCCGCAUUGCUUUGACAACAUUUUUUUUUUUUUUUACUCGUGGGACAUUUUUUUUUCCUGGUGACAUAACGCCAUCUAACCAUGGAGCUGCUGGAGUGCCCGCUGUGUCUCUUCCUGAUGUGCGAGCCGGUCACCAUGUCGUGCGGCCACACGUUCUGCCGGAGGUGCGUGACGGGCUACCUGCCGUCCAAAUGCCCCUCGUGCAAGGAGAGGUUAAAACAACGCGAGGUGAAGAACAUGAAGAACAAUGUGCUGCUCAUCAGCGUGGUGGAGAAGUGCUGCCCGGAUGAGACCAAGACCAAGUGCCAUGUACAGGAGAAGCUCAAAACCAACGAGUUCGUGGAAGCUUUACGCAUCGCGAACGAGGGGCUGCACUUAGUCCCAGAUGAUCAGAGUUUGAAGCUGUACAGAGCUGAAGCUAACUGGGGCCUGAUGCGUUUCUCUGACGCUCUGACAGACCUCGACUACCUCUGCUGCCUUCGUCCUAACUGGAUUGAGGGCUUCUUUCGUAAAGGGAAUGUACUGCUGGAAAUGGGUCAGCAGACGGACGCCCUCAUCCAGUUCCACCGUUGCCUAAAACUUCAAGCUGACUUUGUCCCUGCAAAGAGUCAGAUAAAGAAGAUUCUGGAGGCAGAGGGCAUGGCGGUGCCGGACGAGGCGUCCUGCAUCUUGCAAGUGGUGUCCGAGUACCUGAAAGGGCCCUGCCCUAUUACCAGCCUCAGUGGCUCCCAGGGGCACCCUGAGGGCCUCAGACACCCACGUGGGGAUGACGGAGAAGGAAAAGGGAGGAGAGAGGCACACCAGGGCUCCAAGGUGAAGCAUGACACGGGUACUACUGAGUGCUGCCUCAGCCUCUGCCAAGCUGUUUCCUUUCUCCCUGCUGCUGAAGAGGAUGAGGAGAUGAUGAUGAGGAAGGAAGACGGCCACUGCAGAGGUGAAAGUGGUCACAGCAGAGAGAAAACUCUGGGUGUUCUCACUGUGUCAGACUUUGAGUGCCCUCUCUGCAUUAGGUUGUUUUUUGAGCCAGUCACUACUCCCUGUGGUCACACCUUCUGCAAAAACUGCAUAGAGAGAAGUCUGGACCACAACCUCCGCUGUCCACUCUGCAAACAGCCACUACAAGAGUACUUGAAAAACAGGAAGUACAACCCCACAGUUCAGCUUCAGGACAUCAUGAGCCGUCUCUUUUCCUCACAGUUAGCUGAGAGGAAACAGGUCCAUGAUGCUGAGAUGGCCGAACUGUCCAAUCUCACUAAGGACAUCCCUAUAUUUGUUUGCACGGUGGCCUACCCUGGAGUGCCCUGCCCCCUGCACAUCUUCGAGCCUCGAUAUCGGCUGAUGAUGCGUCGCUGCAUGGAGACCGGCACCAAGAAGUUUGGCAUGUGCAGCUAUGAGCAUGGGAAAGGGUUUGCAGACUACGGCUGCAUGUUAGAGAUCCUCAGUCUGGAGCUGCUGCCUGAUGGACGGUCCUUUGUGGAUGCGGUGGGUAACAGCAGAUUCAAGGUGCUUAAGAGAGCUCAGCGAGACGGCUACCACACCGCUGAUAUAGAGUAUCUGGAGGACCUCAAGGUUGAUGGUAGCGAGUUGGAGCUUUUGGAGCAUCUCCAUGACAGCGUGUACCAGCAGGCUCAGGACUGGUACCAGCGCCUUGGCACCCGCAUUCGCGAGCAGAUCAACAAACAGUAUGGCACUAUGCCAGAUAAGGAAGAAAACAUUCAGGCCUCGUCCAACGGUCCUGCCUGGUGCUGGUGGCUGCUGUCUGUCCUCCAGCUGGACCCUGCCUAUCAAACCACUGUCCUGUCCCUGACCUCACUCAAAGACCGCUUGGGACACCUCCGCCUCGUCCUGGAGUACUUCUCUCAGAGCUAGACCCCACAGUCCAGUGGUAUUGUGAACACAAUUUAGCAGAGAGUCAAUGAAAACCAAUGAAUGCAUCCACACCACAGAGUUUGGGGUUGGGUCUACUACUCUGAAUCUUAAAGUCACAGCUUGAGGCCAAAUCAUCAGGUCAAUAGCAGAAAGGAAUUGAUUUUAUUACAAAACAGUGCAGUUGUACAGAGUUGGGUUUUUUGCUGUUUGAGUUUGCAUGUGUUAUCUUUCUUACACCGUUUUUUUCCCCGGGAAUUCAAGAGUUCAGAGUAGUUUCCGAAUACACAAACAUACGUUUACUUACUGCAACAACAAGAACUACAGGGAUGACCAAAGAUGCUUCUUAUUUAGGUCCAUCAAAAGUGGUAAAGUACUAUUUGUUGAGCAACUUAAUCAUUUCAAAUAAUAAACACUAGGUGUCACUGUUUUUCCUCUUAGUUUGGAGUGGGGAUAAACAUUAAUAGCACACAUCAUCUGUAGAGUUUUUUUCAGGACUAUGCAUAUCAGAGGAUUAGAGUUAUUUGGAUAUUGCUUACAUUUUAUCUUCUAUCAUCUAUUGGCCUUUGCAGCCAUUGACUAUGGCUCAUUUUAUACUAUUGAAUAAUCUUAAAAGUUCCCUAUUUAGUAUUAGAUAUUGCAAUAAUAAUUUAUAGUUUCACAUCGAAUGGCAGCAAAUCCUUUUUUUAAUGAAUGAAAGCUGCUGCUGUGGCUGCUGGAUGCUGGAUGCUGUUUGUCAUCAUCUGGUGGGAAGAGUCUUCUGUGAAUUUGUAACAAUGAGGAGACGGGGGGUCAGUGAAUGGGAGGCGUACCCGCUUUGUUUUACAGUGUGAACCUGUGUGAUUAUUUAUGGUGAUGGAUGCAGCACUGUGUGUAUGUGUGUCAGCUGUAAAUAAGAAGUUGUUUUUCUUGCCAUCUUCAUUAGCUGAUUAUUAUGUUUUAAAUUUCAUACGGUGGUGUGGUGUCGGCACUGAUAACAGCUACUGUACUUGAAGUGCAGUGGUUAUGAAUGAAGCAUCAGUCCAGGACACAGUGUUUAACAUCUCUUGAUAAUAAUUUAGCUGGGGUCUGACUAGGGCUGAGUCCUCCCUGUGGUGCCUCCGUGUAGGCCACGUCACCCACAUCCGGCCACCGCUGCGUCUCCCUGUCUGUCUGGCCCCUUUACCACCAGUCAUGGUGCCUUUGAGUGCCUGGGCCAACUCACCAGGAGACCUGCAAGUCUUAGAGUUCCUACACCACAUAUAUGAUGGACUGUGUGAUUUUUUUUCUUUUUUUGCCAUUGAUUUCUAUUGAUAUAGUGCUACAUUCCAUGGAAUGUUGAAUCUGCCACGUUACGUAUAGUUAAUUAACUAACAAAUACAGGCUGGGUGAAGCUUACGAGCUUUUUUUUACUUUAAUAAAUGUGCCAUAGAUAUUUCUGUUAUGUGUUUUAAAGGAAUAGUGAAGCUAGAUAGUCACUGUGUUUAUGUUCGUCUACAUCAUGGACUCUGAAGUUAGUCUUCAUGCCUUUUGUAUGGUGGACAUUGAACUGUCAUCUUUAUUACAUGGCCAACAUAUCACCUCUGUCAGAAUUAGUCCAGCAAACACACUCAUUGAUGCAGUUUGUGUGAUACGGAAGAGCAGCCCUGCUAGUGUGAUAUUGUAGAUAUAGUUUAGAAUAAAAGGGGGAAUCGUGAGACUUGAUACGCACAAAAAAUGUCACACUUAAGGGGGAACCGAUGGAUAUACUGGUGGAUACUGGGGCAGCAAAGGUUUUUUUUUUUACCUUGGGACCUCAGUUAAUAUACUGAUGUUUCUGAAGCCAUCCAGUAUUGAAAGUCCAGUAUGUAGGAUUUAGUGGCAUAUAGUGGUGAGGUUGCAGAUUGCAACCAACUGAAUACCCCUUUGCUCACCCCUCCCUUUCCAAGCACGUCAGAGAACUGCGUUGGCCUUCAGAGGCCUGUGCUACGAAGCAGGAUUUGAGGUUAGCGAGAUAACUUCAGGGUUAACCCUGGGUUUUCCGUCCUACAACGGUGGUUUACUUCUUACUGGGGUAGAUCGCUGAACACCUAACCUGAAAACAGAACGAUUCUUCACUAAUGAUAGUUAUGAAUAUUAUAUUCCAUUUCAGCUAAUAGAUCCCCCUAAAUCCUACACACUGGUCCUUUAAUGUGCCAGUUAUCACAACGUGUCUCCAAAGCUAGUAUUGUUGAUUUCACUGAUGUAUGAUAAAGGUCAGAUUCUUGCUGCUACCAGUCAUGAUUAAAGCUCACUCACAAAUAAAAAGGGAUUGAGAUUCUUAUAGAAUUUUUUUGAACGAACAGCCUCAUGAGCCUUCGUGGUAACUGCAUGUCUACGAGCCCACAGCCACUGAGGUGAAUUCCACUCCCCUGUUCGCCAUCUUAUCGGAGAAGAAAAUAUUUUUGCACAGUGAAAUCAUUUUGUGUGUUUUGUUUUCUGAUGCUUGGCUGCAGUUUGUUUUCUCUCUCUAUCAAAUCCUGCAUAUUUGUGUGCGUCUCUUUUAAUACUUAUAGAUGCCGCCUUUUAUUGAAUACAAUGUUGAUGUCUGUCGAUCACAGUUUACUCUGUUUGAAACAGAACUUAAUCUCUGCACCAGGGUGCGAUUUUACUUCAUGGUAAAAUGUUAAAUACAUUAGAAAAAUUAAUGAUUGUACCCCACAUAUUUUGAUCCAACUACUAGCCAAUUUAAUGUUUAAUUUUCCAUAUCAUCUUUUAAUGGGUUCAACAAAUGUAUUGCAGCACAGUCAUGACUUUUCAUCUCACUUAGACUGCAGCUCUUUGCCCCUACGCACCCUGGCAGAUGUCCAUUAGCUUUAGUUUCAGUAUAAUUGGGCUAUCAGAAAAUGUCCUCCAACGCAGUUAACACAAUUUGCACCAAAUCCACAUUUGUCUCUAACGCAGAAGCAUAAUAAGUGACCCGUUCUUGGCAGCGAUUCCCCCGUGAGAACGAGUCUAACACUUGUGUGCUUGGGGAAAGGCCGUGAAAAGCACCAUGGUGGCGUGUUCUUGCUAUGUGCUGCAGCUCGCAGCAAAAUGUUGGUUGAUGUGGUCAGUGGUCUGCGGGCAGUAUGAACGAGAGACACGCAUUCUCAUUCUCUACACUCUGUGCUCAAAGACCUCGAUGUUUAGCAACAAGUACAUUUAAACCGACUGAAACUAAAGCAAUUUCUGUCGGAUUCAUUUGUAUUCAGUCCUCCACCUCCAAGCCAAGAGCGGUAAAUUAUCUUGAUCUUAUUAUUGUUUAUUUGCUUGCCCCCUGGAUGACUUUUUAAAUGUUAUAAUAAAUAAAGCUUUUCAAAGCAAAUUCUG